UUACGCCUUGUCCUCUUCAAACUCAACUCCCCCCAUUUCGUCUCGCUUUUCCUCUCCCUCACCAAAAAAGAAGGGAAAAAAAAAUAAAGAGAUAACGAAAUCCCGGAAAAAUUAGAAAAAAGGUGAAACCAAGAAAAACGUUUACGUUGCUUUUAAUUGUUCCUUCAAUCAGUCGUCUCGUUCGUUCCGUUUCGUUUUUUUUUUUUUGGGUUAAAAUUCUACGGCAUAGAUGGAAGCUUCAUCGGAGUUUUUUGUCGGCGGCUAUUAUGGCCAUACCGGAGGGGCGGAAUUCGAGCAGAAGCCGUUCGAUAAUAUUAGCUCUAACAACAACAACAACAACAAUUUUGCGGUGGACGACCUGUUGGAUUUGCCCAAGGAAGACGAGAUUAUGACCGACGCGUUUUUCGAUAGCAUUACGGGGAAUUCUGGCGAGUCUUCUCUAACCGUCGUUGACAGCUGUAACUCUUCUGUCUCCGGUGGUGACGUCGGCCAGUUCAACGGUGAUAUUAGUUGCCGUAGCUUCACUGACACUCAAUUCUCCGGCAGCGAGCUCUGUGUUCCGUAUGACGACUUGGCUGAGCUUGAAUGGCUCUCGAAUUUUGUGGAGGAAUCAUUCUCCAGCGACGACCUUCACAACCUCCACCUCAUCUCUCCCACCACAAAUUCAAAACCUCCCUCCGCCGUUGCCGCCGCCGCCACCACCGACACCUCCUCCUCCGCCACCAACAACAGUAAUUCAUCCCCAAUUUUCCCCGGCGACGUCUCCGUUCCCGGGAAAGCCCGGAGCAAGCGUUCCCGGGCGGCCCCAUGCAAAUGGGCGUCCCGCCUCCUCCUCCUCGCAUCCCCCACCACGUCAUCCUCCGAGGCCAAUUACGGCGAGCACCACUGCAACAACACUCCGAAUAACCCGCUGAAUGUCACCAUCAAAUUGAAGGCUCCCAAGGCCGCGCCGUCGAAGAAAAGAGAGGCGGUGGAGUCUCCGGGUCGGAAAUGCCUCCAUUGCGGGUCGGACAAGACCCCUCAGUGGAGAACCGGACCAAUGGGGCCCAAGACGCUGUGCAAUGCGUGUGGCGUCCGUUACAAGUCGGGUCGGUUGGUGCCCGAAUACAGGCCGGCCGCCAGCCCCACCUUCGUGUCGGCGAAGCACUCGAAUUCUCACCGGAAGGUGCUGGAGCUCCGGCGACAGAAGGAGAUGCAGAGGCAACAUCAGCAACAGCAACAGUUGCUCAGUCAAGCCUCCAUGUUUGGGGUAUCCAACGGCGGAGAUGAUUUCUUGAUCCAUCAUCACCAUCCACAUCAGCAAAACGUGGGCCCUGAUUAUAGGUUAAUGAUCUAAUGUUGCUCGUUGGUGUACGGCAAAAUUUUGAGGUGCACCAGCAGCCAAAAAAUUUUCCCCACUUCACUUUCACUACUAGAAACUAGCUAGUGGCCAGCAAGAACUAUGCUCUUUUAGAUAUUUUUAAAUUUUUUUGACUGAGGUUAAAAACAUUAGAUUCCCAGAAAAAAAAAAAAAGAUGGGGUAAAAUUUCAGGUUUUUGGAUAAACUGAGGUGACCAAUUGGAGGGAGAAUUCAGAUUAUGGUUAAUUUAAUUGUAGACUUGUGUAAUUUCUUGCUAAUUUUGGUUAUUAUAAUUUGUUAGAUUUUUUCCC